GUUCUUUGCACAAUGGUGAGAAAUGCAAAGGCGCUGCCAGAUGACAUCGAAUGUUCCAAACGCGUGCACUUCAGAAGCGGCAUUUGUCAGCCCCGGGACAAUAUUGGGGUCUCUUGCAUGUUUUCUGCAGAGAACGGACCGACAGAUGCAGAGCAAUUAACGGGACUAAGACGAAGAUAUCCAGGACCCAAAGACAACCUUGGAAUAGCCUGUCUGCCGAGUGUUGAAGCCAUGAGGCUUCGGGAUAUUCCGGAAGUAUCGGAGUACGACUCAUCUGAGGAAACUUAUGCCAAAUUCAACGACGUUACGCUUUCACCACAGAAACAAAAAGCACAUCCCACGAGUACGAAGAUAACCAGAAGAGGCAGGCGCGUCGCUCCUGAGGAAAAUUUAGAAAAUUCCUGUCGACACAUAAGCAAAGACGUGGCAAUUGGACAAGUCCGAUUACGAGCUGGUGAAGACGGCUGCCAGGUGACACGACACAAGAUUCGAAGUCGUUCGAACACAGGUGGCAGGUCAAAGAUUGAAGGAGUCAAGUCAACGAUGACCAAAGGCAAUGUAGACUUUUUCAGAGAAUCUGAGAAACGUGUUGUACCGAGUGGAAAAAUGCGGUUUAAAUCGACGUUGCCAGACAUCGGAAUUAGCAACAUUCGAAGACCAACACACAACCCAACACAACCUCGAAAGCCAAUCAUUCCUAAGGAUAACAUCGGAUUCUCCUGUUGCCAUUUGUCAACAUCUCUGAGUCGAUCAAGCGUUCCAAAAACGUUAGCAACGCAGAAUUUAAAGUCUGAAACGGUAAAGAAGAUCGACUCGUUGCCAAAGUCGCCAUCGCAUUUAUCCGGAAGGCCAGCUGCAACUCUUCGAACUACUGGCUUCGUGCAGGAGCGAAGAAAUCCAGCUGACAUAACGUCGAAUAUGACCUUGCCAUUUGAAGAUGUGCCUGAGGAAUAUCUCGUGCCUUGCAACGUAAGUCCAAAGGCCCAUUUUGCUGGGCCUGACGUCCUUGCGCAAACGGUGCUGUUCGUCUCUCUUUCCACAUCAUGCAGACUAUUCAAUGGCUGA